GCGGAGAUGACGUGUCCGCCGGUUCCGGGCGCGCGGCGGUGACGUAGGCGGGGGGUUGACCGGCUGUGGGGAUGGAGGAGAAAGAACAGCUGCGGCGUCAGAUCCGCCUGCUGCAGGGCCUCAUAAAUGACCAUAAAAAUGUUCACGGCAAUGCCCCUGUGCCUCUGCCUUCCACGACUCCAAGGUGGAGAAAUCCCUGUCCGCCUACCUUCAGCAGUCGGGGCGCGUUCUCUGCAAGAUAUUCCCAGCAAGCCCCAAUGGAUUUCCAGCAGCAUCAUGGUAACUCCUGGAGGAAAAAAUACUCCCUUGUAAACAGACCACCUGGGCCAACAUCUCUUUCUGGGAGCGGUCUAUCUGCUAGCUCAUCCCAGGCUUCUGUGAGCCAUAGGAGCUGUCAGCCCCUUGGGUCGCAGCCAGCGGCUUUGGAAAGGCACGUGGGCUUGACUACAGAUGGCAAUAUAGUUGUUGGGAUCAAAUUGCCCCAGAGGACUAGCGCCGCUUCAGACAAUAGAAGCAUUGGUGAGCCGGGGUCUCUGCGAGGUUUGUCUGGGCUGAAAGAGGCUGGAGCUGCCGCAGAGGGUGCUAAAAGAUUACGUGGAUUUUCUUAUUCUCAAAACAUUGACGAAGAAACAUCUUUACCAGUCUCACAUUGUUCAGUGCACCCGGCUCCUGUUACCAGCAGCAGGGGUGAUGCAAACCCAGCGUAUCUCACAGGAAAGGGCAAAAUGAGGACCACAAAACUGCUGGGCGAUGUGACUAAAAGUGCCUCUGAGUUAUGUCGAACUAUAAGUGAAAGUGCCAUAGCGUUGAAAUCUAAGCUUCUGCAGCCUUCAGCGUUGCCUGAUCGAGAGGCAGGCUGGCUGUCUUCAGGGAAGAAGUCGGAGCCCCAGAUUCCGGCUCGGUUUAGUUCAGAGCAAGUCGGAGCAGGAAGAGAUGAUUUGAAAGAGCCAAAGAUUUUUGGACAUUCAGAAGCUUUCACUAGUUAUGCUCAGGCGGCCACUUCAGAGGCUGGUGCGGGCCCAGCUAAGAUCAAAUUUGUCAUGCCGCACAAGACCCCCAGUCUCCAACGAGCUGUCUCACCGGCAGCUUCCAGCAAAACUUUGAAGUUCAGAAAAACCAACUACACGUGGGUUGCAAACCCUGGCAAAUGUCCCCGUGUUAUGAGGAGGUGGACUAGUCCGAAGGCUCCUGAAAGUGGGAAGAAGCUUGCUUUUAGUGCAGAGCGAGCUGUGAAGCUGCUGCCAAAGGGGGACUUGGGAGCAAAGCAGAAGAAAUCUGGAUUGCAUUCAAAACCCAAUGCAUCUCCCAGUAAAUACAAAUGGAAAGCGUCCAGCUUGCAGUCCUCUCCUUCCACAUCCAAGUCAACAUUCACCUGGCAGUCUGGGAGCCAGCAGGAUCCUGGAGUCUCUCGGCUCCCAAGAGCCGACUCAGGCCUUCAGACCCUAAACAAUGCAUCCGUUAGUCAUGGCGGGUUGAAGCCUCCCUUUAACGAUGCUGCAUUUUCCACAUAUAAAGUGAAGAGCCGGACCAAAAUCAUCAGAAGAAAGGGGAGUUCUGGUUCCCCAGUCGAUAAGAAGAACUCCUCCUCCCCCACCAUGCCUCUGAAAAGUCCUAGCUAUCUCAGGAAGAGAACCUCCCUGCGGGGGAAACCUUCUCCGAUGUUGAAGAGAACUUCACCCAAAGGUCGGCUGGUGCAGCUCACCAAGCACAGGCUAUGCCGGCUGCCUGCCUCCAGAACGCACGUCCCUGCCAAGGAAGGGUCCAGCCUGCACCUUGUGAGGAGCCCCCCGGCUAAUAAAGUCAUAAAGACCCGCUAUAGGAUAGUGAAGAAGAACGUGGCUUCCCCUUCAGGGUCCUUGUCGUCCUUCAGUGACCCCAUUCCCAGCUGGAAGACGAGGCGGCUUGCAGGAUCCAGAUCUCUGGUGUUAAACCGAAUGCGCCAGUCGCCUCAAGGAGGCAAGUCCCCGCAGCUGCAGCAGAGAUGGAGGAACAAAGGGUAUCGCUGUAUUGGAGGCGUGAUGUACAGGGUGUCAGCGAACAAGCUGUCCAAAACCUCCAGCCCCCCAGACCGGGGCAGCGACCUGAGCAACAAGAUCCACGUCAAACCGGCAAGGUUGGAUUGUACACCCAGCGGUCCUGGCCAUUCCCCUCCCAGCUGUCUGAAUCGAUCAGCCACCAGCCGUUACAUUGCAAGCCGAGCCGUUCAGCGGAGUUUAGCCAUCAUUCGUCAAGCCAAGCAAAAGAAAGAGAAGAAGAAGGAGUAUUGCAUGUACUACAACCGGUUCGGCAAGUGUAACCGCGGGGACAGCUGUCCUUACAUCCACGAUCCGGAGAAAGUAGCCGUCUGCACUAGGUUCCUCCGUGGUACGUGCAAGAAGACUGACGGGACGUGUUCGUUUUCCCACCAAGUUUCUAAAGAUAAGAUGCCGGUUUGCUCCUACUUCCUGAAAGGGAUCUGCAACAACAGCAACUGUCCCUACAGCCACGUCUACGUGUCCAGGAAAGCAGAAGUGUGCCCGGAUUUCCUCAAAGGCUACUGCCCCAGGGGAGAAAAGUGCAAGAAGAAGCACACCCUGGUGUGCCCUGACUUUGCCAAGAAAGGCGUCUGUCCGAAGGGCGCUCGGUGCAAACUGCAGCAUCCCCAGAAGCGGCGUGGGAGACAUGCCCCCAGCUCAGGGGACUUGGACCGGGGCAGCUCGCCACCGAAGUGGAGGCGGCUUGGGGAGCAGACGCUCAGGAGGGAAGCAGCCUGGGUCCACGACGAUGGAGAGGUGCCCGGACCCUCCAGAGCGGAGCAGGAGGUCAAGUUUUGGAGUGACACAGAGGCCCCCGGCACCAGCAGGCUCCAGAAGCUGCCGUCCUUCAUCUCUCUGCUGUCAUCCAGCUCCCCGAGUGAUGAGGCCCGCAGACCUGAGAGGGACAAGGCAGGAGAGGACACAGGGCGCCCGCUGCAGAUCAAACCCAGGCUGUGACACCAGCUCCGCCCGGCCCUCCUCGCGCAUCGGUCCGGUCCAGCCAGCCACGCAGCAGCCGAAUGCCUCAGGAAAUGCAGCGGCCGGGCUGAGCCCGGCCCCUACCUCAGGACACGGAGCUAAGCCUCGGAGAGACGGGAGGACGCCGCGCUCUGCUUUGCGUUCCGAUUUGAGACACGGGUUUGCUAGAGAGCCUGGGAUCGGGGGGAGGAAACGUCCCGGGUCUCCACCGCCCCGUUGCUCAGGGAGUCAUCCCUGUACGCGUUUUAAUGUUUUGAAUAAAGGGUGUUUUAAUCCGGGUUAUUUAAAGCCGCUCCCUUCCCCAGCCCCUGUUCAUCUGUAAGUCCUGCUUGUAUUAGCAGGGUGGCAGCUCCCUUGUAGAUCUGCUGUGGUCAGAAUAGGCCCCAGGGUGGGGGGGACCUCGGUUCUUGAUGCUGCAUUGGGAGUUUUGCAGGCCUGGUAACUCUGUUCGGGGAGAUGUGAGGUAGGAACGGGGGCACGGGGAACCCCCAGCCCUUGAUGUCUCUUCAGGUGGGGUUCAGGUGCUGUCUCUUUGGGCACGGGAGACAGCAUUUCCCAGCUGUGAGCACAGGUUUGGUUAUGCCAGAGAUCUCUGCCUGACAAGACGCUGAAGGCUGGGGAGUUUUACCCAGCCAACGUGUCCCACGCUAGAAAGGAUGACGGGAGCACCUUUAUUCCAUGGGCCGUGUGUGCAGGUCUUGAUGCUUUUAGCCCAGUGCUGUGAGCGAGCGAGCUUGACCCAAAGGGAGCGGCCGAGCGGGCAAGCUCAGGGUUUUGAUGCGUGCUCUAGAGCCAAGACACCGCCGCGCCAAGCCGAGAAGCUUUUGGAGAAGGAGAGAAUUGCAGGAGUAAUGAUGCAGCCCCCUUCACGGGGCCGUGCCUUCCCGUUGAACUGAAAUCCAGGCUCCUCUGCCCAGCCCGUGGAAGAGCCCGCUGCUAGUGCUGCGUCCUGCUUCCAGACAGGGCCUCGAGCCAUCCUUGUGCCUGUUCCCUCUUGCGAAGGAGUUUCGUGGGGCGGUUAUGUCCCCUGCUUCCUUCCAAGAGGAAAGGAGGUGGCUAAGGCAACAGGAGGAGGGCGAGGUAUACCGAUUGCCAUGCUGCUGUCAGCGAACACUGCCAUGUUUUUUAGCUGCUUGACUUCCAGCCUGUGUUUGAUUCAAGUACAAGGGGAAGCAAAUCGGUUAAGUAUUCCCGGGAAAAGAAGAUGCUCAUAAAAGCACAAGACUGACAGCGAGGAACGGGAGACAAGCCAAGGGCUCUUGUUAACACUUGUUCCCCCUCUUCCCUGUUGCGGUAACAGCAGGGAGCAGGGUGACAGGUAUGCGUGUCACGCAGGUUCCUCCCUGAGGUUUAGUGCCCCUCUCAACUCCGCGCUGGAUUCCCGCUCGUUCACAUCAGAUCCGUGGAAACAUCACGUCUGACGUGUGGCGGGCUUGGAAGCCGGCGUUCUCUAACGACCUGACAGAGCCGCACGGCGACGGCUUAGCGCGCCGGAGACGCUGUCAGCUCUGUUCUCAGAUUCGCACGCCAGAAACCCACCUGAAUACAUCCCCCUCCGCCCCUGAGCCGGAGCGUGCAGCGUUCAGCGCUCCUUUUGUUUCCCGGUUUGCAGCCGGGGGGUUUGUCGUGGGUCUGAUGCCAGGGAAGUGGAGCCAGGCGCUGGGCUGACACGUGCUACAAGCGCGCUGAGCCGCGGAGGUACAAUAAGAGCUGAGCUCAAACCCGGUGGUAACUCCACCGGUGCCAAACACCAAGCACCUCAGCCCUGAGGCCGUGUUUCACCUGCAGCGUCUGCAUUUAUUCAAAUGCCCCUUUCCUGGCUCCAAGCCUUGCCCUUUUUAUACAGCUACACCAGCCCGCGGGCCCUUGAGGCAUUCAGAAUUGAGGCCCGUGCCCUGCAAGGUUUUCUUAAAAACAGACCCAUCGGCUAGAGCGUUUUUUUGGCUCUUAACACAUGUGCUGUUACCAUGUGCUGUUAAUGUGUGUGCAGGCUAAAUGUUAUAUUGCUACUUGCCCUCUGGGUUUCUAAUCCCAUGUCUACCGGCAGCCCCCACGCACCCACCUGCUUCCCCAGCCUAGGCCGGUUUUCCUUCUCGCCCCGCGGAGAUGGGACUCCUGGUUGCAUUUGUAUCUCCCCCCUCUCGAUGCCUUUGUCUCCCACGCCGCCUUCGUCCUGGCAGCGCCCUCGCUGGGGUGCUAAUUACACCUGGGGCGGCAGCUCUCAGGCCCUUUGCAUAUCAAGCUGGCUGCCACGGCAUUUUUUUGCGGCGAGCAGUGAAAUUUCCACCCCCUCUGCGAAUCUGCCUGGCUCAUCUCCUCCCUUCACCACAGAGCAAAAAGCUAAUAAAAGAUUGAUUGUAACUAUAAUUGCAAUCUGCCGAUGUCGGCAUUUCCUCCCCAGCUCCUCGCUGCUCUGAGGGAUAGAGCAAGCAUUAGGGGUGUCGUUAGUAAACACCCAUUUGAUUGGGCCGUUUUUAUUUUCCCCACGCUGCUUCUCUGUCUCCAUGAUUUAGCGGCCUGUCGGCGAGCGGAGGAGUGCCGCCGGGCGGCUGACGGAGAGCGCUGGAAGCGGGGAGCCGGGGGUGCGAUUGCUUUGGGGCCAGGUGACUCUCUUUGGGGAUGGGGCUGCUUUUUUCCGUUCAAGGAUUCCUGCAGAAACUCCUGUUAGAUGUGGGGCGGGAGGGUGGGAAGGCGCCGGGAGCUAGCGAAGGGAUUGCACUGACAUGACGUGCGCUGCAUGACCCCAGUGAGAUGUGUCCUGCAGGGAUAGCACGUGGUGGGAACCGCAAGGCUUUGAGAUGGAAAGCCCGGGCAGCCGGCCAGGAGGUGGCUUCUAAGACAAGCGGGGGAUGUCCAUGUGGGACAUCGGGCAGACUUCCCAGAACAAGGUCAGAGAAAAUAGGAUCCUAGAAAAGCCCGGCUGGAAGGGGCCUCAGCAGGUCCUGUAGCCCAGCCCCGUGCUCAAGGCAGGAUCAUCCCUGACUAAACCAUCCCUGACACAAAACACCUGAAGAUCUGGCCCUCACUUGCAUCUGCAGGACUAAAUAUAAGUGCAUGGGCUGGUUUGGAUUUCAUCCGUGCUAAGGAGAGAGGCGGGCAGGAGCAAACCUCGGUCAGGUCAGGAGAUGGAAAGGUUGUCCGGACAGAUUCAUCCGUUGACUGGCUCCAGAUGUGGGGAGCGAGGCGGAGGGCACGGUGCAAAGGAAAAGCACGGUCCAGGUCAGUGUGCUGCUGAGAGAUCCCUCCCAGGGUGUUAAGCCUUGUGUCUGCAGUCCUUGCUGUGUCUAGCGCAAUGUCCCCCGUGUCCUAGCAAGGUGCCAGCGUCCUGGGCGUGCUGUUCUCCACUGCCGCCCGGCGUGGCAUGUGUACGCCAGUCAGGUCUGUGGCUAUCCGUGUCCAUUUCCGAUCCAAGGGAGCCGAGCAGCUGCUUUCAAGGCGCGGAGGUUAAAGUCUUUUUGCUACCCCCCUCGCCCAUCACCGUGACAGGCCAAACCACGCGUCGUCUGUCCCGACUGAUCGGGGGACCGACUCACCCUUGUCUUUUAGCUCGGUAGACUGUCCCCCACGGCAGCAUUACUCCGACACCCCUUGCUACAACCGUGUCGCGCUUCCCUGCCAGCCGGGAGGUGACUCCUAGGUGCUGGCUCACAGGUGGGGUCAGGGGCUCCCAGCUCAUCGCUGCAUUUGGUUUUCUGAGCAGGUGGUCCCCGCAGGUUUCCAAGCCAGCACUGCUGCUUCACCUCUGGUUGCGCAGAGAUCUCAGGCCAGCUCUUCCUGCACACCCUCACGGUCUCAAAGGAGGCAGGUCCCACCUGCCACCAGCAACGUUUGGGCCUCGUAAGUCUGGGCUGGGGUGCGGAGUUGGGGGGAAUGGCUUAGGAUGAGAAAGACAGACACACGCACUAAUUGCUUGACUUGCAGAGCAUACUGGGCAGAGUCCCUGCUGUCCCAGUACAACCCAGCAUGCCUCCAGGGCAGCUCAGGAUGGAGGUUUUACACUUGCACAGAGAUCACAGUCUGCAUUCACGAGCAAAGGGGGUGUGAUCAACCCCAGCGCUUGGGCCUUUCGAGGUCUCUCUCCGCCGCGCGUGUCCUGUCCCUGCGGGCCCCUGUGCUCCCAGGUGCUGCGGCUCUCCCCUGGUUUUGCAGCGACAGGAGAGGGAGCAUUAGCACGGGUCCCGGGAGACCUCAGCCCACAGAUGCGCUGCCCCCAGGCGCGCAGACGUGGCAGAGGGGUCCGUGCGGCUGUCGGCAGAGGCCGCGGCACGUGUGAUGCUUCUGCUGCAUUUCACCCCCAUUCUCUUGCUGGAGAGACUGAGCAAUGCUGAGGUCACGCGCUCCAUCAGGAGCUGGGAAUUUUCGCCCCCUGAUGUAUAUUUUAUGGCUCAUCUGUUCUGUGUUGCGUCCCGUGCACAGCUGCGGUACAGGUUUCCGUGCGAAUGGCCCUCGUGUCUUUGGUGUGGUUGUGCUGGAGCAUCGUCUUCCCCCCGCCCCCAGCUUCCAUCAUGCAGACGCGGGGGGAUUACAGCCCUGCCGGGUGUUACUCGCGCGUCCGCAUCACUUCCGUGCACGUCCAGGACAGCUCAGUGACUGCAGAGAGCCAAGCUAACGGGCGUGCUCCCUGCUCUCUCGCCUCUUGCUUUCACUCUGCUACAGGGUGGGACGGCUCACACAUCGUUCCCCUUCUUGGGACGGAUCCUGUGCAGUCCUGAGCAACUUCUGAUGUAUGCUGACAGGGAGAUUGCCCAGCGAAUCUCUCCUAGGGCAUCAAGCCUGUAUUCUGCUUUUGCCAUCAGUAGACAUAGGAGCAGACGAGUUGGGAGCUGACUUCCAGCACCCCGGGGUUAUAAAUUCCUUGGAUGAGCCAUGGGAUUGAGCGCGUGUGUUCACAGCUACCCCUGGCGCAUGGUGGGUCCUCACCUAGACCUCCGAAGGGUAGAGCCAGCAUGGAAGUGCUGAGGGCGAGGUCCCGCAGUCACAAUCCCCUGGUUGGCUCCAGGUCCUGUGUCCAGUUAAGAAAGGCCAAGGAUUUGUGAGCGAGUGUGUGUCCUUGUACACAUCUGGCUUGAUGCUUACACAUGAUGGCACGGCUUGUGCGGAGCUGGGAAGAACGGACUAGUUUAGAGGCUUGGAAAGCCUGAACAGCUCAGGGAGCUGAUGCUUUUUUCUCGGGACCAGCUGCUGCCCUGGCACUUCCAGGAAGAAGCAUCUCAGCAAGGGGCUUGGGCCUGGUGCGAGAGGCCGCUCGCCGAGGGUGUGGGUUACAACCCAGGGGUUAUUCCAGGAGGCACUGCCGGCUAGGGUUUCACCCGCUGCCUGGUGGAUCAGCUGUCGGCUCGUUUAACCAGUUCUGGGGAUGUCCAACGCUGCCCCAGAGCGGGGGUCGAAACCCAAAAGCCCCGGCCAGCUUCCUGGACACCCUCUUUGCUAGAGGGGUGAGCAAAGGACAGGGGGUUGAGACUGAAUUCAGGGCUAAUGCAUUCCCCAGUGCCCUGGACUAGAGUAGCUACCCCAGGCAGCGAUGCCCAAAGGCUGUGCCCACCUGGUGAGACCUGUGCUCCUCUAUAGGCGAAGCUGGAAGAAACGGGCCGCUCCCGUCGCCGGCUGACCCAGGCCCUUGGUAUGGCCGAAGCUCUUCCCUUCCCUUUGCAAAAUGCUUCCUAGUGUUCAGGCGCUCCCAGGCUGAGGCUGGGGUGAUUCUCGGGGGGGAACUUCUUUUGGGGACACACGUCCAUCCCAUGCACGCGGCGUGGUCGGGAAUCGGGGAGGAGGGUGCGUUGCACCGGUGAGCGCACAUCAGCGCUGUUGGAGCAAACCACAGACUCAACCUCCUCGGGCUGCAGCCGAACCUCGCAAAGGGGGGAAUAUCCAAAGCGUUGGCUGUGUGGGGUGGUUUAGGGUGGCAAGAACAAGCCACGAAAGCAGGGGAGUUAGGGGCUUGCUCCCCGGCACACGCGGGUUAUUAUUACACAUUCCUUGGAAAAGCCAUGAGACAGAGCGUGGGCGUUCAUAGCCAGCCCGGUGCGUGGUCUCCGCACUCGGGAAACCCAGCUGCGUGUGAAAUCGAGCUAUUUUUAAUAAAAGAAGUCCGUCGUCGCCGUCGGUCCUUACUGGUCCUUUGUUACCUGCCGCUUUUUGAUAUUUAAAUAAAGGUAAAUAAAGCGUUUGUGCAAAAAGUA